CCUGCGCUGAACUGACUUGGUAUGCCCAGGGCUAGCUCUAGCUUUCUAGGCUAGCUCUAGCUUUACAAGGUGCUCCCCGGGUACUGGUGGUGCGGUCACCAAUGGGGUCAUGGUGGCGCUCGCGCGAUAUGAAAUACGUCUCUCUAAUCUUGAGUGAGGAUGCGGCCCACGAGUGUGUGCAUAACCUGGGAGAACUCAGUGCUCUGCAAUUCACCGAUCUUAACCCCGAGCAAACUGCUUUCCAACGACGCUAUGUGAAUUAUGUUAAAAGGUAGGAAAAGAGCACGAGCAUUCUCCAUCUAGCUGUCAGGUGUGAUGAGCUUGAGCGGAAGCUGCGUUUUAUUCUUAAAGAGAUUGAAGCCUUUGGACUGCAAAUCUCGUGAGUACAUUGUUCGUUUUGCUCUCAAUUAAAUCUCAGAUCGACGAGCCAUACGUAUGAAAUGGAGACAACCACAUCGAAAACUACAGCUUCGCGGUACGUGAGAGAAUUAAAAUGCCUGUUAUAUCCGACAAGUGACCUCAGAUCAAGUGCUCUACUAUUGGACACGCUUGAAGCCGAACUCGAGGAAUAUGAAACACAAUUACUCGAACUCAACACUUAUUCCAAUGAGUUAACACACAAAUACAAUGAAAAAGUGGAGUUUCAAGAAUGUCUAGAAAAGGGUAGGAAGUUCCUGGCGGCGGAAGCAGAUGGAGCCAGCUCUAAAUUAGAUACAGUGAAUCCUCUGAGUAGUGCCUAUGGUGCACCAGCUAUUUCUGAGGACGGAAUGCAGCCCCUUCUCGCAGAUGCUAGCCGAGGCCACUCAGGUGCCUCUUCUGUUGUGCACAGAACCUUAGUUCCCUCUUGCUCAGGCCUUGCUUCCGGGGGAUUUAAGCAUGUCAUCGAGGGCGAGAUGAAAUUUUCUUCGACUGUGGGCAUAUUGAAGGCCGAUGAGAAAUCUCGUUUUGAGCGCAUGCUAUUCCGUUCAACCCGUGGAAAUUGCUUUGCGCGCUUUGCAGAAGUAGAAAGACCAAUAGCAGAUGCUGCUACAGGCAGACCUGAAUUCAAGAUUGUUUUCAUUGUAUUCUUUAAAUCCGAAGUCAUCUCUGCCAUCAUCAACAAAAUUUGUGAUGCAUUUGGUGCCCGACAAUACCCCGUACCAGACCACCUAACACUUGGAAAUGCCAGUCAACUGGGUCUCAUUGUUCGCGAGACUACCUCGGAGCUUGCAGAUGUGGCCUUACUGCGUCAUGUGAUGUUCUGUGCGUCAUAAUUAUCAAAAAUCUGGUUUCAUACAGGCGCGAGAGGUGCUCUUGAAGAAUCGAGAGUUGCGUCUUGCUCUUUGUUCGCGCUUGGCGCGACGUUAUUCUGAAUGGAAAGCGGUUGUGCUCAGAGAGAAAGCCAUUUAUCACGUGCUCAAUUUAUUUCGCGCUGACGUAAGCGGGAUGCUUCGUGGUGAGGGUUGGAUUGUUGCCUCUGCAGAAGUAGAUGCGCGCACGCUUAUAAGUCAAACGCACGCGGCAAUGGACCUCGCAGGUGCCUCAAUGCUCUCACAGGUGCCAUUGCCGUGGCCGGUGCCACCAACCUCCUUCGAUGUCAACGAAUUUACUUAUGCGUUCCAGGAAUUUGUUGAUACAUAUGGCGUUCCACGCUACAAAGAAAUCAACCCCGCACUCUUCACUGCGGUUACAUUCCCAUUUCUCUUUGGCAUGAUGUAUGGUGAUAUUGGCCAUGGAGCCUGCAUCUUGCUCGGAGGGAUAUAUCUACUCAUUACGCAUCCAGCCUACAGGAGAUGUGUCAGCUCUGCCGGCGAGAACGAAAUGCUUGGCGGUGUUUAUGCUUCCCGAUAUAUGCUGAUCACCAUGGGCUUAUGUGCCAUCUACGUUGGUUUUGUCUACAAUGAUUGCUUCUCUUUAGCAUUGGCUCUUUUUGACUCUGGGUAUCUCUGGGAAGGUAGCAAAGGCAGUGUGGCCGGUUCAGUUGAUGGAGGAGCCGAAGCAAAUUUAUCAGCGCCAUAUGGAUCAACAGGCUCCAUUUACCCAUUUGGUGUUGACCCAGCUUGGCAUAUUUCUUCAAACGAGCUUCUGUUUUUCAAUUCCAUGAAAAUGAAAACUGCUGUGAUAUUUGGCGUCGUGCAAAUGACUGGUGGGAUCUUCUUGAAAGGCCUCAACGCCCUUUAUUUCGGCGACCGUGCAGUUUUUUGGCUUGAGUUCAUGCCCAUGAUCAUUUUUGACUUUUGCCUAUUUGUCUAUAUGGCAGUUCUCAUCUUUACCAAAUGGGCCAUUAAUUGGGAUAGACGCCAACUCAUGGGCAGCUGCGGAAUUGAUGGCUUAACCUUUGAUCAGCGUCCUUGUUCAGAUGGUGAUUCCCUAAAACAUAAAUGCGCUCUCAAUUUUGGUGGUGAGACGGGUGGCUGCGCACCACCCAAUCUCAUCAAUCAGCUAAUCAAUAUCGCCCUCAAUCCAGGUGUUGUUGAUGAGCCAAUGUACAGUGGACAGGGAUCUGCGCAGUCUGCUCUCCUCGCCAUAGCAUUCCUCUCUGUGCCGGUCCUUUUACUUGGCAAGCCAGUGUAUAUAUAUUUCCAACAUGCAUCGCAACCCGCAAGCGCAAGUCAGCCAAUUAGUACCCAAAUUGAAAUGGAUCAAGAUAGCACCUCUAGUGAGGAUCCAAAAUCCAAAGAAGUACAUUCCUUCUCUGAAGUACUCAUUCACCAGUGCAUUGAAACCAUUGAAUUUGUUCUUGGGAUGGUGUCCAACACUGCGUCUUAUCUUCGACUCUGGGCACUUUCCCUUGCACACACCGAACUCGCUCAAGUAUUUUGGGAGAAAAUCAUGCGCACUGCCAUCAAUGCUAAUAGCAUUUUUUUUGUUUUUGUAGCAUACUCUACAUUUGCAGUCAGAUACUUCGGCGUCUUGGUAUUGCAAUGCAAGCUAGCAUGUGUUUAAGGACAGGUUGUGACUGCCGCCGUCCUGCUUGCGAUGGAUCUUCUGGAGUGUUUCCUACACGCCCUUCGCCUUCACUGGGUACGUUAUUCAUCAAGAAAAGCCUCUCAUUAAAUGCACAGGUGGAGUUCCAAAACAAGUUUUACAAAGCAGAUGGCACGAGGUUUACUCCAUUCACGUUGGGUCAGC